CUUUCAUGCGGAGGAGAUACACAUCAGAAUAUCACCACCGCACAUAAACAUCAUGGGGUCCUCGAAGAAGGCCACAGACCUGUCUCGCGCGGAGAGGAAGGCGAAGAAGCGCAAGCUCGAAGAUGCGAUCCCAGACGUGCCCGGCGAUAAUGACGUAUCGGAGGAGCUUGAAAACCCGCCCAGCAAGACGGAGAAGCCGCAUAAGAAGAGGAAGAGAGAUAAUGAUGAUGCUGGGGUGGAGGAGAGUGGAUCUAAGAAGGAGGAGCAAGGAGAUGAUGUGAAGAAGGAGAAAAAGGAGAAGAAAGAAAAGAAAGAGAAGAAGGAAAAGAAGGAAAAGAAGGAGGAGAAGAAGCGGAAGAGAGACGAAGAAGAUAGCGCCAUUCCCGGCGGAGACGAUGCAGAGAAGGAAAUGAAGAAGAAGGAGAAGAAGGAGAAGCAGAAAUCGGAAGUCGCAGAACAAACAACUGAGGAGGCAGACAAAGCAGAGAGCAGCGAGGCACCACGGAAAUCGAAGAAAGAACGCAAGGCUGAGCGCAGGGCUCGUGAGGCUGCAGAAGCGGCUGCCACCAAGCAGAGCUCUACUCCUGCUGCAAAUUCAAACCAGGCGUCUGAAUCCAAGGAAGCUGCUGCGGAGCAAACUACAGAGGAGAAGAAAUCGAGAAAGAACAACCGCAAUCGGGAGAAGAAGCGACAGAGCGCUGCUGGGGAAAAGGAUGCUACGGGUGGCAGCGAAGAGAAGAAGGAUGGGAAGCCUGCUAGGUUCAUUGUGUUCAUUGGCAAUCUGCCAUAUAGUGCAACGACCCAGUCUAUCCAAAAGCAUUUCGCAGCCGUGAAACCAAUCUCAGUUCGGCACAUCACCGAGAAAGAGGACCCUACCAAGUCAAAGGGCUACGCUUUCCUAGAAUUCGAGGGCUACGAUCACAUGAAGACCUGCCUGAAGCUCUUCCACCACUCUACAUUUGACGAUGGCGUUUCCCCAGCCCGGAAAAUCAGCGUUGAGCUCACUGCUGGUGGUGGGGGUAAUACCAAAGACCGCAAGGAGAAGAUCAAGGCCAAGAACCAGAAGUUGAAUGAGGAGCGGGUGCACAGGAUUCAGGAGGAGGAGAAGGCAAAAUCCGCAAAGGGGGCAGCUCAAAUCGAUGAGAGUGCCAUACAUCCUAGUAGAAGGGCCAGAGUCCCAGGGGCGUGAUGUGUCUUGUUAUUUGCGCAAACUAGACUAUGUACUAAUAUCGAAAGGAAAAAAAAACUAACGUCUCUUC